AUGGCCGCCAUCGACACAACCGCUGCGCAGCAGACGCUGUAUGAUUACUGGCGAACGCUUCUGAUGGAAGAAGAGAGGAACGCUGUCCGGAAUGAGAGACUGCUACGGAAACUCGAGGACAUCGAGCAGCGGACCAACUUGCUUUACCACCGAACCGAGCGGCUAUCGCAGCUAAGGAGACGCUUUGCUGAAAUGUUGCGUCAACAAUAUCUCAACGACCCAGAAUUCAAGUGCGAGCAUUAUCCGUACGAUUUCAAGACGAGUCAAUACGUUGAGCCGUCGUAUGUACCUGAUCCCGUUCUGUUCGGACUCGACACUCCGCCUUGGAUGCCCCGCGAGCAGAACAACGACGUUCUCCUCCAACGAUCCAAAGACGUCCUUGAAAGUUUGAACAACUACGAUCCCUUCGGUCGUCCCAGAACACAAACGAGGCUCAAAGAGAAUCAAGACAAUCAGGAAGAGAAGAAAGAUUCCGAGAAAGAGCCCGUCAAGAGUCAAGAGGGGCUCUGUCGGAACGAAUUCGAAGGCAUUGGAAAAUCUCACGCCCCGUCCGAUGAGGAGGAGCGGAAAUCUGCUGAAGAAUCCACGCAGAAGAAUCGAGAUGGAUCGAUGGAGGACGAUGAUCGCGAAGAGGAAAUGAACGACGAUCUCAGAGAAAUCGAUCGGAAAGUCAACGAAAUCGAUCGUGAGAUCGAGAGACUCGAGAUGGAGGUGAGGGACCGUGAAGUUUCUCGAAGACAGGAGGCCGAGGAGAAAGAGCGCUGUCGGCAGAAAAUGGAAGAGAAGCUCCGCGAAGAGCAGGAACGCCUCGAAGAAAUCCGUCAAGAACGUGACGAUCUGCGCCAAAGAGCCAUACGUGAAGAGCAACAGCGCAGGGAUGAGCAGGACGCCCUGAAGAGAGAAGUUGAGGAGAUUCGGAAAGAGCACGAGGCCAGAGAAAGGCGACAAAUUGAAGAGAGGAGACAAGCCCAAAGACGAAAGGAACAGCUCGAGGCUGCGGAGCGACAGCGCAACGAAAACAUGGAUCGAAUUCGGCGUGAAUACCAGGAGCAUCAACGGAAACGUGAAGAAAAGAAGCUCGAGCAGCUCGAACAAGCGAAUCAGAGGAGAGAGGAAAGGUGUCGGCGAAAAAUUGACUCUGACGCAGGAGAGUCUACCAAGAAACGCGACGAGAAGAAACGACCGGAACCAGCCUCGAGAAACAGGAGACAGAGCAAGGACAACACGCGUAAAGUGAAGGGGCGAUCCGAACGCGAGGAAAAACCGGAGAAAACCGACGCAUCCGACGAGCAUUCAGCGUCCGCGACCGAACAGAGCGGAGAUGAUGAGCAAAGACAGCAAUCUACUGACAAGACGGAGCAAGCGACAUCCGAGCCUGCAUCUCUCACCUACGUGAAGGACGAAGACGAAUUUUAUCGAACGACUUCUGAACUCGAAGAAAUUCAAAAAGCCGCGAGUUCAAGCAAUCAGGCAACUGAUUCAGGCCAGAAUCAGGAAAAUGCAACGAAUCUUUCCGAGGGAGAGAUGAUACACCGUGAAGUGCCGAAGAGCGGGCAGCAUACACCCAAGCACAAUGUGAUUCAGCCAGGACCUGGCAUUCUGAAAAACAGGGUGAAGUCGAUCCAGAGAGAGGUGGAACGGAGGCGGGAGCUCAUGGACCAAGGUGGAGGAAACAGCCCAGACCAAAAGCAAACUCUCGCCAUGGCUGACAUGGCGGCUGACAGCAACGGCAGCCGAAGCAACAGGACAUCCGAGCAAAGCGCGGAGAACAUCAAAAGUUCGUGGCAAAAAUCAUGGGAAGAGAAGUCCGAAGCCAUGAGCGACAAUCAAGCGCGUGUCGGGGACGGGAGCGACAGAAAGGAUUCGGGAGCAGGAGCAGAGCAGCAACCAUUGAAAAUUACGGUGAGCUCGGGGCGACGGGGCAGUGUGGCAGGACCUACAAGCGACGAGCAACAAAAGGAAGAAAGUACAAUAACGAAAGCAGACGAUGAUGGAAAACUCAAAAUUAGCAGCCAUGACCCAACGGCUGCCACCAGAACGUCGAGACACGCAUCUAUUUUUGAAAACGAGGUGGUCCCAACUGUCCUAAGCCCCAGGACCAUUAGGUCCCGCCGUCUAGCCGAGGCCGAAAAGGAGAUGAAGCUGAACGCACUAGCCGCUGAGCUGCAAACCGAGCUCCAGCGCGAAAUACUCCAGCGGCAGCUCGCUAAUGCCAAAAUGGAUGCCACGGAGUUCGUCAGCCAUUACUCCUGCUAUCUCCCAUCCACAAGCAACCCGAACAUCAACAUAAAACGUUUCCAAAGGGACAUCCACACACCGAAUCUUGAGGAAUUGAACAUCAAGAAAACUUCACAAGUUUUGAUCUCCGGAAUUCAUGGCGCGACGGAGAGUGGGAACUCGGAAUCGAGUCCACCGUUGCGAGAACAAGUGAAAUCACUUUCUCCGCCCAAAACAACAGAACCGGCUGAGGAAUCGAUUUCGGCCCCAGUCGAAUCGAAGAGGAGAAAUUCUGUCCAGGUUCUCCUCAAUGCCAAUCAGGAAAGCACUUUGCGAAACGAGGCCGCUGCGAAGGAGAAAGCGAGGCGGAAUUCGAAAGAUGUCAAUGGAAGUACCCGGAAAGAGAGCGAGACCUCCUCUCGGUCAGAUACACCGUCAUCGUCGGUGGAACUCAACUGCUCGAAGGACGAUGGCAAAGAUCUACGUGCAGAAUAUUCCUUACUGAUGGGCAAGAAGAUGGAGGACUCGCCUAAGCCAACUGCAUUACCAUUACCACCACCGAGUCGCAGGACAUCGAUGCAGACCAACACGACACCCAUUAACAAUUCAGGAAUCCUCGCCGAUGGAGAUAGCCGCCACGUGCCACUCUUAUCCAAAGCUGAAAACCAUCAAAUGACAAAACUGCGCGAGGGAGCAUCCGCCUCCUCGAACGGCUCCAGCCCGGUCGCGUACGCGUCGGAUCGGAUUUCAGCACACCACGUCAGAGAGUUGAUAACAAAUAACGUCAAACAUCACGUGCCGAAUAUUGUGGCAAAGAGAGUUCUAGGACUGGACCUCUUCAGUAGUGAUGCUCCACGGCCAAAGGAUUCAGACCCAGAAGAGGAUUCAUUCUUCGAUUGA